CCGACGCUGCCGUCAAGGCGAUCCUCGACGCCAAGGCACGCGUGGAACGUACCAAGGUCGCCCGCGACGAUGCAGAGGCGCGUCUGCGCGUCAUCCGGGAUGCCUGGACCGAGCUGAACCACUACCUCGCCGCCGACGCUCGCCUGAAUGUCCUUCUCUCGCGUAGUUGCGGACGGCGGUAGCCAGCUCGUCCCCGUCCCCGUGCACGCCGCACGCUCCACCGCUCCCAAUCGCCCAUCGGCCGCGGUUACCUCGCCGUGCCGCACUCCCUCUCUCGCGCCGCGGCUCUCUGCCCUCCCACAUGAACAACUUACGCGCAAGCGCGUCCUCGAGCCCUCCCUCCGCCUCCUUCAUCGCGCCCUCCCAGACGCCCCGCUUCUCCGCCUCGCCAGCUCCUCCUUGCGCACGUCUGCGUGCGCCGCAUCGACGCCAGGUACGCCCUUCGUGCGCGCCUGCGCCUCCUUAAGUGCGAGCACCGUGAGCUCUAGGAGCGCGACGCCCCCGACCCACGUGCUCACCUUCACCUGUGCGUGCUGCGCGUGCGCGUCGACGAGGAACUCGCGUGCGGGGCUGUACGAGCCUGCGGUGCGGUCCGGGCGGCGGCGGCGGCUGCUCUCCCGGCAAUGGUGGUGUCUCGACUCUACUGCGCCGAACGGCCUCGCCACUCACAGUACCACCUCCAACCACAGCCAGCCCUUGAAGAUCAAGAUACCCCUCAAGACGUUGUUCAUGCCACCCAGUACACGCUCGGCAGCCCGCGCGCAGUCUGAAUCCGUUGCGUCGGGAUCAGAGUAUCACGAGAGCAAUGCAUCCAUGGACGUGGACGAAGAACCAGUGCCAGUAGACGAGGAUAAGCCCAAGCCGCUGCAGCCCGAAUACAGGGUCACGCGAAGGUCAUCCGCAGGUCAUACCGAGAAUCAGGGAGCGAAGACGACCUAGUGCUUGAUCCAGACCGCCCUUCCUCGCCCGCGAAAGAAGCGGACGGUGCCAAAGACUAGGAGGAGGAGGAGGAGUCGCAUUACGCGCCUCGACGGCC